AUGUUUAUCGGGGGCAUGGCCGAAGCAAAGUCCAAAGGCCGCGGUGAAGAAUGCAUCAGCCAAAAUCUCCGGAUCCUCCGAGGUCAGAACGGCAAACGAGUCAUGUUAUUUUUUGCCAACUCGCAACGAAAAGAGCUUAAACGAUACGUUUCUAUUCCUUUGAACUGCGUUGCGAGUUUCAAACCACCCAAAAAGGCAGGGCGACCGGUCGUUGUGGAAUUAAAUCCUAAUUUCGACAUUCUUACACAAAUGCGCAAUCUGACGAUUCAUUUCCUGGAUGACGACGGUGAGUUUGACCCUACUAUGAUCCGAGCGAUCGCUUAUAUCUCGUUCCUAGAUUGCCACAGCUUCUGCCAGCUGCUGACGACCGACCUAAUGAUUGGAUGA